AUGGUUGGCACUCCAUACUGGAUGGCACCGGAAGUGGUAACAAGGAAGCAGUACGGACCGAAAGUUGAUGUCUGGUCACUGGGCAUCAUGGCUAUUGAGAUGGUGGAAGGUGAACCACCAUAUCUAAACGAGAAUCCUUUACGGGCGAUCUAUCUGAUAGCAACAAACGGUAAGCCGGAUUUCCCGUCACGUGAAACGCUUUCGCCGUCAUUCCGUGAUUUCAUUGAUUGUGCGCUGGAAGUAUCGGUGGAUGAGCGAUACUCGGCCUCUCAGCUGCUCACUCAUCAUUUCCUGAAAUGUGCCAAACCCCUUGCUACAUUGUAUCAUCUAAUUAUUGCUGCUAAAAAAAGCAUUGCUGCAUCUGCGUAA